AUGGUCAAGCAAGAGACGGUCGCAUUCCUUGGCCCAAGUGCCUCUUACACGCACCAGGCCGCGCUCGACUCCUUUGACGAGUCCGAAUACACCUUCCAGCCCGUCGUCAACAUCGAAGACGUCUUCUCCACGGUGCAAGCCGGCACCGCGCACUACGGCGUCGUGCCCGUCGAAAACUCGUCCAACGGCGCCGUCAUCUUCACGCUCGACCUCUUCGCCGACCUGAAGGACCGCUACCCGGACAUCCUCAUCUGCGGCGAAGCCUACGUCCGCAUCGAGCACUGCCUCCUCGGCUUCGCGCCCCCGCCCAAACCCACCACCCACUUCGUCAUCGACGAGACGACGACGACCACCACCACCACCGGCGACCACCACCCCAACCCCCACCACCACUCCUCCCCAGCCUCCACCUCCGGCGUCGCGACGCCCACGCCCGACGCGCCCGCGCCGACCAAGCCCCGCGCGCGCCCGCUCGCCGACCUCGGCGCCGUCACGAAGCUGUACUCGCACCCCCAGGCGUGGGGCCAGUGCAAGAACUUCCUCAACGCGCACCUGCGCGGCGUCGAGCGCCAGGACUGCUCGUCGACGUCGCGCGCCGCCGAGGAAGCCGCGCGGGACCGCUCCGGCGCCAGCGCCGCCGUGUCGAGCGCGACGGCGGCGCGGCUGCACGGGCUGGACGUGCUGGCGAGGGGGAUCAACGACCGCGACGACAAUACGACGAGGUUUUUUGUGUUGAGGAGGAGGGUGGGGAGCGAGGGGGAGGGGAAGGAGGAGGAGUUUAGGCCGAGGGGGUGGGGGGAGCAGGGGGAAGGUGAUGGUGAUGGUGAUGCCGAUAUGGAGGCGUGGAAGAGUUUGGUUGGGUUUACUGUUGAUCAUAAUGACCCGGGUGCGCUGGCGGACUCGCUCGCUGUGUUCAAGCCGUAUAAGCUUAACCUGACGAGCAUUAAUACGCGGCCCAGCGGCGCGGAGAAGUGGAACUAUAUCUUUUUCGUCGAGUUCCGUGGCAGGCGGCUGGCGGGCCGCGAGGGCGCGGUCAACGCGGCGCUGAGGGACUUGGGGGCUGUGGCGAGGAAUUGGCGGUGGUUGGGCAGCUGGGAGAGCAAGUUGGCUACGUGA